CUGCCCGUUAAGCCUUUAUAAACUUUGUGUACUGCCAACGGAGCGCUAUUUUAUUUUUCUUCGUCGUCUGUAACAGCGUAGAAUACACAGAAGCAACAAUGCUGCCUCUAGCCGUCGUGGCCCUGUGCCUUAGUGCAGCCCUUUCAGCUCCGAGCCUUGACCCACAGCUUGAUGACCACUGGGAGCUGUGGAAGAGCUGGCACAGUAAGAAAUACCAUGAGAAGGAGGAGGGCUGGAGGAGGAUGGUGUGGGAGAAUAACCUGAAGAAGAUUGAGCUGCACAACCUGGAGCACUCCAUGGGCACACACUCCUACCGCCUGGGCAUGAACCACUUUGGAGACAUGACUCACGAGGAGUUCAGGCAGCUCAUGAACGGCUACAAGCGCAAAACAGAGAGGAAAUUCAGGGGGUCCCUGUUCUUGGAGCCCAACUUCCUGGAGGCCCCAAAAUCUGUUGACUGGAGGGACAAUGGCUACGUCACUCCCGUCAAGGACCAGGGUCAGUGUGGCUCCUGCUGGGCCUUCAGCACCACCGGAGCUCUGGAGGGUCAGCACUUCAGGAAGACCGGCAAACUGGUGUCACUGAGCGAGCAGAACCUGGUGGACUGCUCCAGACCUGAGGGCAACGAGGGCUGCAACGGUGGUCUGAUGGACCAGGCCUUCCAGUACGUCAAGGACAACCAGGGCCUGGACUCUGAGGACUCUUAUCCCUACCUGGGAACAGACGACCAGCCGUGCCACUACGACCCCACAUACAACUCUGUCAACGACACUGGAUUCGUCGACAUCCCCAGUGGUAAGGAGCGCGCUCUGAUGAAGGCUGUGGCCGCUGUGGGACCAGUUUCAGUUGCCAUCGACGCCGGCCAUGAGUCUUUCCAGUUUUACCAGUCAGGAAUCUACUAUGAGAAGGAAUGCAGCAGCGAGGAGCUGGACCAUGGCGUGCUGGUCGUUGGUUAUGGCUUCCAGGGAGAGGAUGUGGAUGGCAAGAAAUACUGGAUCGUGAAGAACAGCUGGAGUGAAAAGUGGGGAGACAAGGGCUACAUCUACAUGGCCAAAGACAGGAAGAACCACUGUGGAAUUGCGACGGCGGCCAGUUAUCCUCUCGUCUAACGUUUGCUCAGCUCCACUUGUAGCUCUAUAGUGUUUUUUUAUUAUUGCAAUAGUUUGGCUGAAGGCGGCGGACGAGGCCUCAGUCCGAGCGACGACAUCAACAGGAGAUUCUGAGAUGUUUUAAGGAGAAACACUUUGUUUUUAGGGAAAUGGCGCCAUUUUGUUUUUGGCUGGUUUUAUGCCACUUUAUUUUGUCUGAAACAGAUUUUAGUCUAGUGUUUUAUUCUUUGUAAAUAUGUGUAUGCUACUUGGUAAGUGAUAACCUUAACACUUGCUUCGUUCAUUGUAAAUGAUUUUUUUUUUCUACCUUUACUGUGAUCAAUUAAAGUUGUGAAACACUAGAUUGGUGUUUGGACUCAAA